CUCUCUGUUUCUCUUACUCCUGUCUCUUUCGAUUCAUUUUGCAGGUCUUUGUUGCGCCAACGCAAAAAACUUGCUCACUGUGGAUGCUAUUUUUGUUUAACACCGAAACCCCUUCGUAAACCUUCCAACUUCAUCUGCCUAUGCUGUUGUUAUGCCCUCCCAUUGGCCGUAAACCAGUUUCAUCCUCCGCUCGCCUCCUCUCUGCAACUUCUCUCCGCCUUUUCUCAUCAGCUGUACACCCAACAGCAGCGGAGACACAAGCUUCCUCGUCGCCCGCUACUCUAGCUUCAAUGGCGGUGCAGCACCCCAAAGAUGACGACUACCUCAGUUCCGUCAUUCCUAAGCGUGUUCAGCUUUUCCAGUCGAUACAGGCAAAGCUACUUGCUGACCGGUGUUCUCUUCCUUCUGAUCCAAUCGAGAUAUCCUUACCGGAUGGGACGGUGAAGGAGGGUAAGAAAUGGCAAACAGCGCCAAUAGAUGUUGCUAGAGAAAUCUCGAAAAGUUUGGCUGCGAACGCUUUGAUUGCGCAAGUUGAUGGAGUUCUAUGGGACAUGAGCAGGCCGCUUGAAGAUGAUUGUGAGCUUAAGCUGUUCACCUUCGAAAGUGAUGAAGGGCGCGACACUUUUUGGCAUUCUAGCGCUCAUAUACUUGGACAGUCGCUUGAGAUGGAGUAUGGUUGCAAGCUUUGCAUUGGACCCUGUACCACUAGAGGAGAGGGAUUCUAUUACGAUGCUUUUUAUGAUGAUUUAUGCUUGAAUGAUGAUCACUUCAAGCAAAUUGAGUCUGGUGCACUGAAGGCUGUAUCGGAGAGACAACCUUUUGAGCGCAUUGAAGUUUCAAGGCAACAAGCUCUUGAAAUGUUUUCUGACAAUAAAUUCAAGGUUGAAAUCAUCAGUGAUUUGCCAGAAGACAAAACUAUCACUGUUUAUAGAUGCGGUCCCUUGGUUGAUUUAUGUCGUGGUCCACAUAUACCAAAUACAUCAUUUGUGAAGGCAUUUGCUUGUCUGAAGGCAUCAUCAGCCUAUUGGAGGGGAAGUAAAGAUCGUGAAAGCUUGCAAAGAGUUUAUGGGAUAUCUUAUCCUGAUCAAAAACGUUUAAAGGAAUACAUCAAUCUGCUUGAAGAGGCAAAGAAGUACGAUCAUAGAUUAUUGGGUACAAAGCAGGAGCUUUUCUUUUGUCAUCCACUUAGCCCUGGAAGUUGGUUCUUCCUUCCUCAUGGGACUCGGAUCUACAACAAACUGAUGGAGUUUAUGCGAGCUCAAUAUAAGGAUCGAGGUUAUGAAGAGGUUGUGUCACCAAACAUGUACAAUAUGCAACUAUGGGAAACUUCUGGUCACGCUGAAAAUUAUAAGGAGAAUAUGUUCUUGUUUGAGAUUGAAAAGCAGGAAUUUGGAUUAAAACCAAUGAAUUGUCCUGGCCACUGUUUGAUGUUUCAGCAUAGAGUCCGUUCCUAUAGGGAACUUCCUCUCCGGUUAGCUGAUUUUGGGGUGUUGCAUCGUAAUGAGGCUAGUGGGGCACUGACUGGGUUAACUCGUGUGAGAAGAUUUCAGCAGGAUGAUGCUCAUAUCUUCUGCAGGGAGUCCCAGAUAAAAGAUGAAGUAAGGGGAGUCCUAGAGUUCAUCCAAUAUGCUUAUAACAUUUUUGGGUUCACAUUUGAGCUGAAGCUAUCAACGAUCAAUGAAGGAGAUGGUGCAUUUUAUGGACCGAAGAUAGAUAUUAGCGUAUCCGAUGCAUUGAAAAGAAAGUUUCAAUGUGCAACCCUUCAGUUGGACUUCCAGCUUCCUUCUCGCUUUGAUUUAUAUUACUCAGCAGAGGAUGAGGCCAAAAGGGAACGCCCUGUUAUGAUUCAUAGAGCAAUCUUGGGGUCCGUUGAGAGAAUGUUUGCUAUAUUGUUGGAGCACUACAAAGGGAAGUGGCCCUUUUGGCUUAGUCCGCGUCAAGCAAUUGUUUGCCCUGUGUCAGAGAAAUCUCAAUCCUAUGCACUGAAGGUGCGUGAUGCAAUUCAUCAUGCUGGUUAUUAUGUUGAUGUGGAUACAACAGACCGAAAGAUUCAGAAGAAGGUGCGAGAAGCACAACUGGCUCAGUAUAACUACAUAUUAGUCGUUGGCGAGGAGGAGGCUAACACUGAACAGGUGAGUGUACGGGUGAGAGAUAAGAGCGACCAUUCAGUGAUGAGUAUUGAGAACCUGCUCAAACACUUUAAGGAAGAAGUUGCAGCUUUCCAUUAGAGACUUGGCCUUUGAAAAUAAAAAUAAGGAAGGUUGGAAUGCCUCUCACCUUCAUUUACAACUCGAUUGUUGUUUGGCUCCCCCUCGUUACCAAAAAUAAAUCACCCUUUGUCUUAGAUUUUCUUUACUCAGUUUCAAUUGUGUGAUACAUAUGUACAUAAAAUAAGCCUUUAAACUCGUUGUGCAAUCAAAUUCAAUACUUUUUACUAAA